AUGAGUGGGGGUCUGGGUUCUGGAUAUAUACAGCAUACUUUCCGUUGGGGUGUAGGAAAUAAAUUUAGGUCGAAAUCUAUUAAUAGACUGAAACCUACACAUAUUGAGAGGUUAACUGUUGCAUCGGUUCCAGCGGAUUACUUUGUCAACGAUCGCAAAAAUGUACAGUACAAUGAAGUUAACGAACAUUGGGAGGUUUUUUGGUGUCAAAAUGGGAAAUUAAAUGGGAAGCCCUUUCCAAUCAGGAAAUACGGCGUCUUUGAUGCCAAAAAAUUAGCGUACGAAUUCGCUAACACUGUAUUAUAUAACCCACUCCACAAUUCAACUGAUAAAUUGGUUGAUGAUCCAGAUUUUGAUACUAACAAUCCGUACUAUUUCGACCGCAUGUUACAAUGCUGGGUCGUUAGCUAUUAUAAGGGCAAUCGCCCUUCCACUUACGCAUUUAGUGUAAAUAUACACGGAUAUACUAGGGCUAAGGAGUUGGCAAUACAAAUUGCCAAUAAAAAUUGCAACAAAGUUGGUUAA